ACGACGCCUCACCCUAUUCCUUCAUCUUCUUCCUCCUUGACUCUCCUUAACUCGCCUGAGUUUCGAGCGAGCUCACUCAAAAAGGUCCUCCCCCCCCUCUACAUCAUUUGAGUCCUAACGGAUUUGUCAGAGAGGAGUAUGAAUUUUCUCUCCCAAAUCGCACGAUUUUGGGUGCAAAAAGGACAAUUGCUGGAUGAAUGGGAGCCGUGGAUAGAUGUGAAUCAAUCCACGCCCUCCAUUUGUCCCAAAAUUGUUCAAAGACUUGAGGAAUUUUUCGGAUUUUUGGGCAGAUAUUUUGAAGAUUUUGAAGACUAUAUAUAUGAGAAAAGAUACAAAAAGAAAAAAAGAAAACAAAUGGCUGGAGUUCAGAUUUCAUUCGAGUUUUUUUUAAGAGAAAAAAAAGAGGCUACUGAAACAGAUAUCCUUUUAGCCUUGGUUCAUUUCUUGAUUUCUGGUUCUAAAAGGAAGUUUUGGAUUAAAUUUCAAGUUGAAGUUUGUGGCUGGGAUUCUGAAUUUCUGGGCUCUAUUGAUUCUGUCCGAGUUGGUCUUUCGCAAUUUCAAUUUGGCUACAGUUUCUGCUCAACUUUGUUGUCGCAUUUCUUUGUAUUCGACUCCGAGAAUUAAUUGAAACAUUUCGCAUUCAGGUUAGCCUCCUAUCUUUUUCUAUCUCUACUAUUAUUCAUGUUGAAUUUAAACCUAAGUGAUAGCAGAAUUUUUUUUAUUUC